AUGGAUGUAACCACAGCAGCUAUGGUGUCUCUCGACGACCGUAUGCAGGCCCUGCCCCAGGAGCUGCAAGAUAUGAUCUUCGAGUGCACACUUACCACCCACGCCACUACACCUAGCACCGUCGUGCUCACACCAGCCCACCGGCCACCGCGCGAGCUCCAAAUCAAUCGCAAGACCCGCGCCGCCUUCGCGUCCACAUACUACUCUACCACAACCUUCCGCGUCCAACUAAACAGCGUCCCACGACUCCGCGUCCGACUACAAGAGCCUAGAACUGACGCGCCUCACACCAUGGCUUGCUUCUUAUCUUCCCUCCCCACCGAACAUCUUCGGCUUCUCCAACGUGUGGAGUACGAGGAUCUCAGACCCAUUGACUCCAGACACCCAGGAGCGACUGCCACCAACAGGCGGGCGUCCCAGAAGAGCGCCCUUCCAACGUCCGUGAAGGCUCAUCUUGAUCUGAAGAUUGUGGCUUUCAGCUAUAUUGAUGUGGCGGAUGGAGGGAAGGUGAAGUGGCUGGGCGGCGAACCCCGAGGCGAGAACUAG